UGCAGUAGAUUGUGUGAAACAGCAAAGUUUUGAUCAUGUGGAGACAUAAGAAAUUAAUAGGGUUAAAAGAAUGGUUCAAAUAGUGUUGGACAGAAAGAGGAAAGAGCAUCAAGAGAAUUCCAGGAUGAGGGAAUGAAGGAAUUCAAGUUAAUUUGAAUCAUUAUCGUGAUUCACUGAUCUAGUUUCAGCUCAGCAGCAAACUUCCCGAACACGAGUCUGUCUGCUCCUGCAGCCAAUCACAGCAAACCAGCCUCUGUAUGAGGAGUGUUUAAAACUAUCAGUGGGAUGCAGAACGACACACACCAGACCUGACCUGACUGAACACACAGGUUUCAAGAUCCGCAGAAGAAGCAGAAAUGGCUUGGCUUGGCCUGCUGAGUUUGAUUCUAGCUUUAGCAGCUCUCACGGUCUGUAGAGCCCAGCGCAGACUCUUUCCAAGCAGUUUACGUGAGAAAUCAGGUGUUCUGUGUCUGAAUGGGGGGACGUCUGUCUUGUCUCCGUCCGGUCGUCACAUGCUCUGUUUCUGUCCUGAUGGCUUCAGCGGCUCCAACUGUGAAACAGACGAGUCCGUCUCCUGCUUUGAGGGGAUCGGUCUGCACUACAGAGGUCCCGUCUCUAAAUCCGUGAGUGGGCGGGAAUGUCUGGAAUGGGAUUCAGAGAGUGUGCGUGAAAUCAGAGUCUAUCCCAGGAAUCUUGGCCCGGGACGACACGACCACUGCAGAAACCCAGACUACAGCCGCAGACCCUGGUGUUAUGUACGGACCGCGUUUGGGAUCAUGAAAGAAGACUGUGAUAUUCCACGCUGUGCAAAAGAUCACGGAUGGCAGUGUGGCCAGAGGGAGAAGCGGAGCAUGAAGGUAGUGGGCGGGGCUUUGAGCGAGGUGGAGCGCCACCCCUGGAUGGCGGCGGUGUUCAGCAGGAGCUCAUGCGGGAGAACGUUCACCUGCGGCGGGAGUCUCAUCUCACCCUGCUGGGUCCUCACGGCCGCACACUGCUUCCCUGACGGCGCUCAGACUAGACCCUAUAAACUGUCAGUAUUUCUGGGGAAGAACGCCAUCAAUGAGACAGAUGUUCAGAGAGAGCAGGAGUUCAGAGUCUCUGAGCUCUUCAUCCAUGAACACUUCGACAACACAGACGGCAACUACAACAACGACAUCGCGCUGUUGAAGAUUCACAGUCAUGAUGGUUGCUGUGCUAAAGAGUCCAGUUCAGUCAAGACGGUUUGCAUCCCUGAGGCGCAUCAGUCACUUAGUGACGGGAUGUCCUGUGAGGUCACUGGAUACGGCAGAGAACAAGAAGGGUUGUGGUAUUACUCUCAGUAUCUCAGAGAAGCAAAGGUCAACAUGCUGUCACAGGAUUUAUGUUCGAGUAAAGUAUAUUACGGCAACAAGAUCACAGAUAACAUGCUUUGUGCCGCGAGUCCCGACUGGAGCGUAGACGCGUGUAAGGGUGACUCUGGUGGGCCGCUGGUGUGUCGCGUCCGUGAGCGUGUGUUUCUGUUCGGUGUGGUGAGCUGGGGAGAGGGAUGUUCCAGACCCUUCCGUCCUGGAGUUUAUGCCAAAGUCAGCAACUACCACCGCUGGAUCCUGGAGAAAACCGGCCUGUCGUCGCUCAGCUGAGAACAGGAGCUCACCUGCCCUCAGAGACCAACAUACAGAACAUGAGCGAGUCGUGUUCAAACUGAUUUCUGUUCAGUUACUCCUUAAUAUGUCCAUCAUUCUUACAUUCCAUUCUGUUGCCAAGAGAUAUAAUAGCAGCUCAAAGGACUUUCUGAGAGAAAAUUUUUUAUAAAAGUAUUGUUUUGCAUGGGUAUUGAAAUGUACAGUGCCAUUUUCUGUUUUUAUAUUGUUGUAUAAUUUUAUAUUGUUGUGUAACUAUUUAUGUCAAUG